UAGGAACUCUCUUUCUGGCCGUUCUUAUCUUUCUCUCAUCUUCCGUCGCUUACUAAAUCUAAAAAACAAGUCCUGUCCGUCUUCAGGACUCACUCAGAUGGUUAACAUUGCAUCCUCACAAGAUAAUCAACAGACAAUGCGUUGCCAAACCAUGACUGCAGCAAUGUACAUCAUGAUGGUCCCCGCUUCCCAAAUGUCAUGUCUUUGACACGUGGUGAGGGAAGCUGAGCCACGUAGUUUGUGAUCCUCUUGACGCGAAGAUGGGUAGGAAGGGAAACAAGUUGGGAUCUCAAGUGUCUCUUUCACUUGAAAAGACAGCCAGUAUGAUCGUGCCAGAGGCAUUCGGAUUGGAGCAGACACUUUCCCAACAUCUCGACACUCUUUCUCUACAAGACCAGAUUGCCGGUCCAUCCAAGCAAAAAAGUGGCCGUGUCCAUGUCCAGCACACUACCACAAACCCCUCUUUUACGGGCACGGCGGUCCGAGAUUCUCUCCAUCGUCUCAGUGUCCUCGAGCAAGAGACACACGACGCCGACGACGCCCGGCCAUCGCCAGCACCACAAGACGAUCUGCUCGAGAUCGUGUCGACCCCCGACCGUGGACUCGCGGUGUUUGCCACGCGCAAAGUCAAAGCCGGCACGCUGUUGUUGGCGGAGAGGCCUCUCGUCCGCCUCCAAAAGCACGAAGAAGACGACCCGGCGGCCAUCGAGCGCGAAUUUUCCCGGUUGGGGCGGGCCGACCAAAGGAUCUUUCUCAAGUUGUUUGACGCCCAAAAGUCCCGCAUGACCCGGGUCGUUUCGAUCUACUACAGCAACUGCUACAACCUGGACGACCACGUGGCCGACGGCGGACGAGGGGGGUCGGCCGUGGGUCCGUUCGCCAGCAGAAUCAACCACGGGUGCGUGCCCAACGUGCAAUUUUGUUACGACGAGAAAACCGACGAGAUGAGGUUCCGCGCCGUCCGCGACAUCCCUCGAGGUAAAGAGUUGUGCAGCAACUACGACAAGGCCGUGUCCGAGGUCCGGACGAAGAGAAGGCGGAAGCAACAAAUCCAUUACGGGUUCGUCUGUCGGUGUGAAGCUUGCGAACCAAAGACCGGAUUCUGGGCCAGGAGUGACGAGAGGAGGAGGGCCAUGUACGAGGCCUUGAGGGUCGCGCGCGCCUGUGAAAAGGAGUGUUCUUCCAAACGUGCCCCCGCGCCUCCGACCGUGGUGGUCGACCGGGCGAUCGAAGCCCUGGUCAGGUUGGAGGAAUUGUUCCUCAAAGAAGGCCUCGUGGGUGUACCGUUGGCAAACACUCGUAAAAGCCUGGCCAAGUGGGCGGAGAGGAAAUAUGACCACGCACAGGCCGUCAAGUGGAAGACGAAAGAGUUGGAGGUCUGUAAAGUGAGCUUUGGGUCGGACGCCCUGAGAACAAAGGGGGUCGAAGAUCAGUUGAUCGAGUUGAGUUUGAAAGUGACUUGAAGAAGACAAAAAAAGGGGGGGAUCGCCAGCGGUGAAUCAACACCAAGCACUCCAUGUAGAUAUGUUCUGUUCAGGUAUAAUAAUCAUACUCGUUGAUUCCGCAGGCAAGUCGGGCAUCAUGCCCAACUAUCCUGUCUAAACAGCCCAC